AUGCUAAAGGAGCAGGAUCCGAUGAUCGAGCUUCUACGUGAGUGGAUAAUGUCACCUGUGGGUGAUCAACAAGAACUGCGUGUGUCAGUGCUUGAGGUUUUUCGCUAUAUGAGUAUGCUCAUUGCUGAGAACGCAAAGAAUCCCGAUCACAGCCGCCUUAGGAAGUUUCUACCUCACCAUAAGAAGUUUUUCCUACCGCUGGAUCUCACACGCGCUGCACUUGAGUAUGACGCUAGUACACACUUUUUAGCAAGAAAACGUGUGCCACCUACAUUUAAGGAGGUGCGUCAUAUACUUAAUUUGGCAACUACGAAUGCCAUUGCUGGCAAGCUCAAGCUUGUAACUUUUGAUGCCGACGACACGAUCUACGAAGAUGGCGGCAUCAUUACAAAGAGUUCAAAAAUGGUGCACGUCAUUGUAGAGCUACUGCACCGAGGUAUAGUUGUAUCCCUCGUCACUGCUGCUGGAUACCCAGGCAAUCCAGGACGGUACGAGGAACGACUACGAGGUAUCUUAGAUACACUUGAAGACGUAUCGAUGGAAGAACGUGCACGAUUUUUAGUCAUGGGUGGCGAGUGCAAUUAUCUAUUUGAGACGCAUACGGACAAGACAACGGGUAGGGUCAAAUUGCGAGAGAUUAAUGGUGUGGUUUGGAAGGACGGACGAGGAGAGCGCUGGCCAGAGGAACAGGUGACAGCUCUAUUGGAUGCUGCGGAAGUUGUACUUCAGAAAAUGAUAAUGAAUUUACACUUGUCAGCCAGGAUCGUAAGAAAAGAACGAGCAAUUGGUAUCAUUAACACAUCUACGAAGCGGAUAUUGUACGAGAACUUGGAGGAGAUCAGUCUCACGCUUCAGCACGAACUUCGACAUUUCCAGGUCCCAUUUUGUGCCUUUAAUGGCGGAAAUGACGUUUGGGUAGAUAUAGGUAACAAAGCAUUGGGAAUUCUUGCACUGCAGAAAUACGUUUUCCGCUUCUUGCCCAAAGAACUUCGCGAAAGUGAAGAGCUGCGCAACAUCCAAGGUCAAGAAUGUCUUCAUGUAGGUGAUCGAUUCACGAGGACUGGCAAUGACACUCGGUCACGAGAUGCUGCUACGACUAUAUGGAUUUCUAAUCCAAAAGAGACGGCUCACAUUAUGACUAUUUUACUUCGGACGAUUGAUUCUGUGCGGCAACAGAAGAUGGAACGUAAGGAGGAAAAAGAGAAAGAAAAGAGGACCAAAGAGUUGACGGCAGCAGCUGCGGCAUAUACGACCCUCAGUGACGAUGGUAGCGAUGUUACAGCUGAUGCGUCUGACACGAAUGUCUCUAGUGAUAAUGAAAGCAGCGCCAGUAAUGAUGAAUUGGAGACUACAGUCAAUGCAGCUAUCCAGGCUGCUACCAGAGCAUCGCUGACUAAGUAA